UCAUCAUGAAGCUUGGCCUGCUCGCGUUCGCCGCCGCGUUCUAUGGCGCACGAGCAACAUACAUCGACCCGAGUGUGCUCGAUGCCUGCCCAGGUUACGACGCGACGAAUGUAUCGACGUCCGGCGCGGACCUCACCGCGAACCUCGUCCUCCGAGGCCCAUGCGGCGUCUUUGGCGACGACGUGAAGACUCUGCGGCUCGAGGUUUCAUACGAGACCUCGACGCGCAUACAUCUGAAGAUCACCGAUCCAUCCUCAACGCGAUACGAAGUUCCGGAUUCGGUCUUCGCCCGCCCGACACCGGACGCCACACCACCGCAAAACGCGAGCAUCGAGUUCACCUACACUUCCUCGCCCUUCUCCUUCUCCAUCCUCCGCGCCUCGACGCACGAAUCGCUCUUCAGCACCGGCGCACAUCCCAUCAUCUUCGCGCCUCAAUACCUGCGCGUCAAAACCGAUUUACCCGCGCACGCGAAUGUGUACGGGCUCGGUGAACACACGGACACCUUCCGCCUCCCGACCCUUAACUUCACCCGGACGCUUUGGAGCCGCGACGCUUACGGCGUGCCGAACGGGACGAACCUGUACGGAAACCACCCCGUCUACUUCGACCAUCGCACCAGCGGCACGCACGGCGUGUUCUUCCUCAAUUCCAAUGGGAUGGACAUCAAGCUCGAUGAACCGGAGGGGAGCAACACGACGACGUUGGAGUAUAAUGUGGUUGGCGGCGUAAUCGACAUGUACUUCCUUGCAGGGAGCAUGACGGACCCGAACGAGGUGGCGAGGCAGUACGCAGACCUUGCAGGCAAGCCGGCGGAGGUACCGUAUUGGAGCUUGGGGCUACACCAGUGCCGAUUUGGUUACGAAAGCUUCGUGGACGUCGCGGACGUGAUCGUGAACUAUUCCAAGGCCAAUAUUCCACUCGAAACUAUGUGGACCGACAUCGAUUACAUGUACAACCGUCGCGUUUUCACUCUGGAUGCCGACUAUUUCCCUACGUCCCGCAUGCGCGAGAUCGUCGACUACCUGCACGCGCACGAUCAGCAAUACGUGAUGAUGGUAGACCCCGCGGUUGCCUACCUUCCCAAUGAGGCUGACAGCGCAUACGCCCGCGGUUCUGAGAAAGGCGUCUGGCUCCGCUAUCCAAACGGCUCCUACUACGAAGGUCUUGUCUGGCCCGGUGUUACCGUUUGGCCAGAUUGGUUUAAUCCCGACGCGUCCCCCUUCUGGACUGCCGAGUUUGCAAGCUUCUUCAAUCCAUCGACCGGGAUCGACAUUGACGGCGCGUGGAUCGACAUGAACGAGCCUUCGAGCUUCUGCGUUUUCCCGUGCACGGAUCCGGCACAGCAGGCGAUCGAGCAGAACCUGCCACCACAGAGGACAAGUUCACCACCUGACCCUGACACACCGAUCUUCGGUGGCACCGCGAGCGCGACGGCGAGUUCAUCAAAGGCAACUACCGCGAGCGCAAGUUCGGCUUCAGCCGUGUCGUCGGUUUCUGUUUCAGCAAGUUCCGUACCGGCGAGCUCGAUUUCAACUUCAGCAACGUCGGCCUCCGCGAGCUCAGCUUCGGUCGCAGCAUCUUCGGCCCCUAGAGCCUCAGCUUCGGCGAUCAGUCCAAGGGAGAAGAAGAUUGGGGCAGCAAAGCGCGAGCAGCAGCCGAUCAGCCACGACGGCGAGGAUAUGAACACGCCGCCGUACCAGAUCAACAACGCGGCGGGCGUGCUAUCGAGCAAAACCGCUGAUACGGACGCGACUCAUUACAAUGGACUGAUCGAGUACGAUACACACAACCUGUACGGCACCAUGAUGUCCGCGGCAACCCGCGAGGCGAUGCUUGCCCGUCGCCCGGGACUGCGCACGCUCGUCAUCACACGCUCGACCUUCGCUGGUGCCGGGGCACGCGUCGGUAAAUGGCUCGGCGACAACUUCAGCACAUGGUGGCAUUACCGCGCCAGUAUCGCGGGCUUGCUCGGCAUGACGACCGUGUACCAGGUGCCGAUGGUCGGAAGUGACAUCUGCGGUUAUGCCGAGAAUACGACGGAGAACUUGUGUGCGCGCUGGGCGAUGUUGGGUGCAUUUAGCCCGUUCAUGCGAAACCAUAACGCGGACACGUCCAUCAGUCAGGAGUUCUAUCGCUGGCCGACAGUGGCGCAAGCGGCGCGCAACGCGCUCAAUAUUAGGUACCGCCUACUCGACUACCUAUACACGGCGCUGCACCAAGCAAGCGUGGACGGCACGCCCGUCGCAUCGCCACUCUGGUUCGCAUACCCCUCGGAUGCGAACACGUUCGGGAUCGACCUGCAGUACCUCUUCGGUCCCUCCGUGCUCGUCUCGCCCGUCACGGAGGACGACGCGACGUCCGUCUCUUUCUACCUCCCAAAUGACCGCUUCUACGAUUUCGCCACGCUCGCUCCGGUCGAAGGUACUGGUGCACAGGUCACACUUGAAAACGUCAACUUCACGAGCAUACCGCUGCACAUCAAGGGCGGCUCGGUGCUGCCGUUGCGUGUGAGCGGUGCGAUGACGACCAAAGCGCUCCGGGCGACCGACUUCGAGCUCGUCGUCGCCCCCGGGCGAAACGGCCGCGCGACCGGCAAGCUCUAUGCGGACGAUGGAGUGUCGCUCACGCAGAACAAGACCACUCAGGUUGACUUCGCGUUCGCAAACAACGUGCUGUCGGUGAAGGGCAGCUUCGGGUAUCCGCUCGGGGUUAACGUACGACGUGUGCGGGUAUUGGGCGCAAAGAGGCCGCUGGGGGCGGAGCUCAGUAUCGCCGGGAAAGGCAAGAAUUUGAAGGUUACUUGGGACAAGACACCGCAAGUGCUAAAUGUAGACGUGGGGAUCGUGUUUGGUCAGGAUUUCCAGAUCAAGCUAUCGUGAACUACGUGAAUAAUAUUUUCU